UGUGUGUUCUUGUGUUCAGACGCCGUUGAUCUCACACUGGAUCCAAACACAGCACACACUCGUCUCGCUCUGUCUGAGGAGAACAGAAAGGUGACGUGUGUGUCAGAGAGUCAGUCGUAUCCUGAUCAUCCAGAGAGAUUUGACUAUCAUCCUCAGGUUCUGUGUGGAGAGAGUCUGACUGGACGCUGUUACUGGGAGGCUGAAUGCAGUGGAGAUUAUACUGAUAUAUCAGUGUCAUAUAAAGGAAUCAGGAGGAAAGGAGUGAGGAGUGACUGUGUGUUUGGAUUGAAUGAGAAGUCCUGGAGUCUGAUCCGCUCUGAUCACAGUCUCUCUGUCCGGCACAAUAAUAACUCCACUGCUGUUUCUGCUGGUUCAGGAUCCUGUAAGAGAGUAGGAGUGUGUGUGGACGAGUCGGCCGGCACUCUGUCCUUCUACAGCGUCUCUGACACACACACACUCACACGCUUACACACAUUCACACACACAUUCACUGAACCACUUUAUGCUGGAUUUACACUUUAUAAUGUUAACUCUUCAGUGUCUCUGUGUCACAAUAAACACACACACACACACACUAACUGACUGACACAUACACACAC